AGAGCUUAACCUGGAAGAUAGAGGGAUCUGACAAGAGUGUUUUUCUUGUUUUAUUCAAAUCUGAAAGAGUAGUUUCUAGAGAGUCUCCCGACAUCAUUUGGUGGUACAGCCGUUAUAAUUAAAGACGUUUUACAAUUAUGUGUCGCCGAUUGUCUUUAAACGUCGUUGUAGCUUUAGUUGAAAUCGUGUCUGUCGCAACUGGAGGUGACUUCCACGUUCCUGUUGGUCAUUUGAAGCCUUUGGGUUCUCACAGGCCGCCAGAAGUUAACUUAGUGGACGAUUUACAAGAAAUACCAUCUCCUCAAGAAUUCUGGACUAACUAUGUUCGACCCUCGAAGGCUGUUGUGUUACGUGGAGCCGCCAAACAUGGAAGAGCAUUUACCGAAUGGACUGAUAAAUAUUUGAAGGAAAAUUUUGCAGAUUUAGAGGUUCGGCUUGAGGGAAAGAAGGAAAAGAGCUCUAGAGUUCCAAUUGGAGCUAAAGGAGUCGGUAGGGAUACAAUUGUAAACUUCAUCAAUAACUACCAUCAAAAAAACAAUAAUCUCUACAUUGUCUCGGAGCUCCCUACCCCCAUGUGGCAUGAUGUGGCAGUCAUUCCCCCCCUGACUUGCGGCCUUUUGAAGGACAGACUGGUGGAAGUGGAUUUAUGGAUGAGUGGGGGAGGUACGAAAAGUAUUCUCCACAAAGAUGCGUACAAUGCUAUCAACUGUUUGUACAAUGGUACCAAGGAAUGGAAAUUAAUAGAGUACAAGUAUGAAGAUAGAAUAUACAAAGCAUGGGAGCCUCCACAAAAUGUUGGUGGAUUUUCACGAAUAAAUACUCAGCAAGUUGAUCUGUUGAAGUAUCCAAAGGUUUCUGGAGUCCCAUGGUCCAUGAUCACCAUUAAUGCAGGGGACUGUCUCUUCUUGCCUAAAAGUUACUAUCACCAGGUGAAUUCAUAUGGUAGCAAUAAUGUGGCUGUAGCCUUGCUGUUUUCCCGGCUGGAUGGUGUUGAUGACAUUGAUUUCACAGGCUGUGAUGAGAACUUAAGUUUUAAACCUCUGAGUGAGAUGGAGCUGGACUGGGAAUACUCUGGACAUGGUAAUCUGAGUAUGGGCAACACAGACUUGGAGUCAGUCAGGGAAGGUAUGCUGGACUUUUUUGGAAAGGAAGACAAGCUGGAUAAAGAUGGAAUUUUAAGAAAAAUCGAUAAUGUGUCAGAGGAAGAUGAGGAACAAAAGCGUUAUAGCUAUGUUGAAGGAGUCAGGCAACAGGCUUUAAUGAUGUUUGAUUGGCUUGGUGGUAACGAGAAAGGAUUUAUAACCAAACAGGACGUUUUGGAGCUCACUCGGGAACAAAUGAGGCAAACUGUUCUUGCGUUUGAAGGAACGGACGUGAGUAACACAGAGGAGGCGGAAUAUGGAGUCAUUGAUGUAGCAAAUAUCAGGGAUGUGAUCAGGGAAUUGUUGGUUGUUGAUGGACUCGUGUUAAAGGACAAGUUUAUCAGAGCUUAUGUGGAGGCUACACAGGGAACAGAAGUUUUUGCAGACAUUAUUUUUAAUAAACUACGCAACGAGACAAACGUCUCAGACCAGGUUACUAAACAGGAAGUACAAAGUAAUCUGCGCCGUGCUAUCCAGCGGUUUUUUGAUUGGGGAAAAGAACCGGAAAUUCCCCCGGGAAUGGAAAGCCCGGAGCCAAAUGACGCUUACAUGGAGGAUGAUAAUGAUGAUAGUGAUAAUGAUGAUGAGAGCGAGGAGACGCAAGACAAAGUAGACAUUGAUGAUAUACAUCAAGAGUUGUAGAAUUCUUCUGAUAAGCAAUCUCGACAUUCUUGAAAAGCCCGUUAAUAGAAAAACUAUUAUAAACCAUAUUUAUUGUUGUUGAAAUCCCGGAUUUCUCAACUCGCUGUGUAUGAGAUGAAAUUUUAAGCCAAUUAAUUAGAAUGCAAGCUUAACAUUAAGGUAUUAGUGCUGUUGUAAUACAUAACUUAAAUAAAAUUUGCAUUUAAAAUUAAGAA